AUGUCUAGUGUAGGAAGCAGUCCCAGCGUUUCGCCCAGAGGCGGUGGUACUAAUGGGACGAGUCCGAAUUCCGAUUUUUUUGGAGAUCCUCCUCAAUCUCCGGGAGGGCAGCAGCAUCUGACCUCUAUGGCAGGUGGUUCCUUCAGUGGGAUGCACGCGCAUUUGACGGUGCCCUUUGAAACUCCGGGUGUCGUGACGCAUCCAACACAACGAGGCGUCUCGCAACGAAGUCGGAUCAGAGAUGUCAGGCAAAGGAGUGUCAAGCGCUUAGGCUUAUCCCCCAAAGCGACAUUAGGUGACUGGAAGGAGGCCGUGUAUUCGGCAGCCGAGCACAAGCGAAUGUUGUAUCAUCCGGUUGCGGAACAUAACUUGAGGGAUCGAUUCGUGCCGAACUUCAACUUCCAGCAUCCUGCAGUCCACGGGGAAUACGACAUCGCCAGGGACUGCCAUAGAGUAUCAGCUUUGUACAAGACGUGCUCACACCGGCAACCGCAACCACAAGGCCAUGAAUUCUUGCUAUUGCCGAUUCAAAGAUAUGAUGGAUCACCAUUGGCUGGGCCGCCAAGGUCCAGGUUGGUAUUGUCGAAAUUAGAGGAGUAUCCGCAGUUGCGCGGAUCGGCUGUUCACUCUCUACUGCCGCCACCGCCACC